GUUCAACUUACCAAGUUACCAACAGCCAAUAAAUUACAAACAAAAUAAAUAAACGGCUGUUUAUGUAGAUUAGUGUACGAUUAUUUAUAAAAUUAAGUGGCAAAUGCAAACAAAUUUCUAUAUUAUAUAAAUAUAAUGGCUUUAGUUUAUUUUGCAAUUAAAUUGUGGAACUUCUGUGAUGAGUGAGACCGACGACACUGAUGUGCUUUUGCUGAUACCACCGAAUUUCUUCCUAGUUUAUAGCUCAGGUUCUGAGGAUUCUUUUCUCGAAUCCUCAAGAACAGUAGUUCAUAAACCUGUUUCAUGCACAGCUCAAGUUUUAGGCAAACUGGUUGACCAAGUCCAUACUUUAGAAUCCCGUUUGGAAUCGUUAGAACUGGACACGAGUAACGCUUUUUCUAGUGUCGGUUCUGCCAAGCGUAAGGUAUGGGAUUCGGAAAGUCUUGACAGUCGGAGUAUUGAACGAAAAUGUUUCACUUUCCCGCGCAGACGGCGCCGUAAACUUAGAAAAGAAAGAGCUAAAGACGUGUCUGUGACCAGUCUUGAUACAAUCACUACUAACGAUAAUAUUAUUCACUCCUUAAAAUAUAAAGACGACGUUAACUUUAAGCGUGUUGAACAUUUAAAUGACGCCCAAAGUAUGGACGGAGACAUUAGCAGCAUAGUAUCAACACCUAGUAAAAAGAACGAUAGACUUCUUCUCCAUGAAAUAGACGAAUUCCUCACGAAAGUCGAGUCAUACGAUACAGCAGACACAAAAAAAGAACAGAGUGCUAGUCCUGAAAAUGUUAUCAAAGCAACAGGUGAUUAUUUAUCUCAAAAACUGGAAACCAAGGAUAUGGAUGAAGUUCAAUUACCAAGUGGCCGGAUAGUGCCGAGUACCAUUCUCGAUAAGUAUAUUUACUUGGUUAAAAACAGUGGCAACCAACCAGUACAAGGUACUUCAUCAAAUGUACGUUCUGAUAAUGAUGUGUCAAAUUACUCUGCACCUUCAAGGGCUAAACAAGACACAAAAUCACCAAGCAUUAGAAGAUUAAACUUUAUGGAGAACAGAGAUGUACAACCUACAUCAACUCCUAAGAGAAAUACACAAAUGAGUUCAAAUUAUUCUGAGUCAUUUAAACCAUCAUCAAAUAAGAUCUUGGACAGAGCGUCAAAAGUGCUAGAGCACUAUAAGUCACAAAACUAUAGCCAUAACACUCAUAGUUCCGUAACUGACACUAGCGAAGUAACAUCUUUAAAGAGAGAAGAAUUUAAAAUGCCACAAAUGAGACCGUUUGAUUUAGAUAACAGGAAUUUCAAAAUUGACUCAAUAGACACAGAUUUGUUGAGUUUAAGUGAACUUUGGGGAGAAAAAGGUGAUAGAGUUGAUAAAGUCGAAAGUAUAAAAUUGGAAGAAGAAAGAUUAAAACGAGAGCACUGUGAAGCAAUGAUCCAACAUUUGCAAAGGAAGGUACUAGAACAGCAAGAAAAAUUAGCAGUAGCUCUGAAAGUAGACAGAGCUAAAGAUACUGCAAUCAACAAGCUCCGGGAAGCCUGGCUCAAACUCACUGGCAGUCUUGAUAGGGCUGAAGAGAGACACCGUUCAGCUCUAGAUAAAAUGGUCCAUGAAGUUGAAAACUUUAAAAUGGUUGCCGGUGAAGCACAGAAGAAAACAAACCAAUUUGAAACAGAACUUUACAAAGCACUUGACCUGGCUCAUGAUUACCAAGAAAAAUGUAAAAAACUCACAGCAGAAAAAAAUGAAUUACAAGAAAAUAUGGAAAAAAUUACUGAAAGUAAAGAUAAUGCGAUUAAGUUGAAAGAAAAAGAAAUAGAUGUUUUGAAAGAGAAUUAUGAAACUGUAAUGAGGUUGAAUAAGCAGUCAACGGACUGUGUUCAAAAUGUAGAAGAUGCAUUAGAAAAGGAAAAAGCAGAUCACCAGUUAACAAAAUCUAAAAUGAUUGAAUUAAAUCAUAAACUAGAAGAAGUGAGUGAUGAGAAACAACUCAUACAAGAUGAGAGAGACAUACUCAAGGAUAAGGUCAACGAGGAGAGGUCAAGGUGCAACAUGCUGGAGCGACAGCUCUGUGAUGCGCAGACUCAAGUUGGGGAUCUUUUAAAGAGAUGUGACACCAUGGACGACGAAGCUAAGACUCUCCGGAAACACCUGGAGCUACAAAAAACCGAACUAAGGAGUCACUACCAGCAACAGCUGGAGGACGCCGUGCUGGGCAAGCUGCAGGAGUUCCAGCGGCAGCUCGACCUCGCCGAGGGCGAGCUGCAGCGCGCCGCGCGCCUCCGGGAGGCCGCCGCCGUCGCCUCGGGCCGCGAGCAGCUGGCGAGGGUCGAGGAGCAACACAAACUUGAAGUUAAUGUUUUGGAAGAGAAACAGAAAGAAGAGAUCAAGUUAUAUAGACUGCAACUCGCACAAGCCAGCGAGAAGAUUGGGCUAUUGGAGAGCAAGCUGGAGAGCUACCGGCGGCGGCGCGGGCAGCUGGCGGCGCAGCUGCACGGCGUCAUGCAGGCGCAGUGGCGCCAGGCGCUGCUCAUCCUCACGCACGGGCCCGAGCGCGGGUCGGUGACGUCACCCGAGCGCGCGCACGCCGACUCGCGCCUCGACGGCGCCAGCGACCGGGAGCUGCAGCAGUACGUUAAGAUGCUUCUUAUGAAGCCACCUAACUUCGAUACGGAUUCUCCUCCCGACCCGAGGGACCCUGGAGACCUGAACGAAGAACCGACCAGCGACAGACCGGACCGGCAAGAAAGGAGGGACAAAGUGAAGCGAAGUCUUAAUGCGAGCAAACCGCCGUGGAAAGCUUAACUCACUCUUAACUCACUAAUCAUAUCGUGUUUUAUUUAUAACUUACAAAAUCGUUGCAAUAAUAAGAUUAUUGUGUUAAUAAAUUAAUAUGAAGAAUUUUAUAGUUAAUAUUGAUGAAGCUACUUAUACUGCAGCUGCGUUAAGGCUGACUCCAGACCAGUGACCAUUGGCAGAUAUGCAGCAGGCGGGGACUCCCUGGAAAUCUCGCUCCAAUGCAAAUGUUUCCCCAUCGAGACUUACAGACAAAGGCGUGUAACCUGGUGGCCAAUAUAAAAACCGAAGUUGCUUUCACUUGUAUGCUGUGUAUUGGAUUCGAAUUUGAAGCGAGCAAGUGUAAUAACGAGCAGAAUCGAUAUUCAUCACACAUAUGUCCUAUUCCAGUCGUAGAAGUAAAGAAUAAACAAACCUUAUACUCCAUGCGAUUUGAUUAUACCUCUAUAUCAUACACUAUAAACAGUUCUUGUAUAUAUCUGUAGAUAAUAUAAUACUUUUCAAUUUUUUCAAAAUUCCGGUAGCAAUGUCUAUUUUUUUUUCUCGCUAGA